AUGAGGAAAUCGUUACAUUUCCUUGUCCUUUUUGCCAGAUCACUGUUGGCCCACAGUGACCUAGGUCAGACCGAAAUAUAUGGACUUGGGACUUCGUUGAUACCAUCAGGCGAUCUGGUCUGCCUUGUUGAUCUCAAACAUGAACAGUGUCAGGACGGGAAUUGCGACAGGUCAGAACAGCAUGUUUGGACACACUCAUCGCCAUGCUUCCAAGGCGACCACGCAGAGCAACCGAUCUGCGUCUUCACCAACACACGCUUCGCCGACGGCAGGGGCAUCUCGCUGGUGACAACACCCAAACGCGCCAGUUACCUCGCAUCAAGUCCCGCCUUCACCAACCCCGAAUCCGUCCACGGCAUCAACCAAGACCUCCACCCGACCGUCCCCACCAAGUACGAGAUGCGCCACAUCCCCGGCAAGGGCAUGGGCCUGAUCGCGACCGCACCCAUCCCGCGCGGCGAGCAGAUCAUGGCCAACACGGCCUCGCUGAUGAUCGACUACCGCGCCUUCAACGAACUCACCCGGGAGCAAUACACCGCCCUACAAGCCCACGCAGUCGCACGCCUCCCCCCCGACCACGCCGCCGCCAUCCUCGCCCUCUCCCCCGACGCCACUACCAAUAACAACAACAACUCCACCACCCGCGCCGACCUCAUCGACGCCAUCGCCGCCACCAACGGCUUCGACAUCGACCCGACCCCCACCGACCCCGACCAGCACCACAGCUUCUUCGUGCUCUUCCCCGCCAUCGCCCGCAUGAACCACGACUGCCGCCCGAGCGCCGAGUACCGCUACACGCCCCCCCACCUCGCCCAAGUCGUUGUCGCGGCGCGGGAUAUCCUCCCCGGCGAGGAGCUCACGCUGAGCUACAUCAACCCGCUGAUGGUGCGGGCGCGGCGGGUGGGGCGGCUGAAGAAGAACUGGGGGUUUGAAUGCGGGUGUGCGUUGUGCGCCCUGGAGGGGGCCAGGCGGAGGGCGGCGGAUGGGAGGGUGGAGAGGAUUGCGGAGGUGAGGCGGGAGUUGGCGGUGUGGCCGGAGGAAGGGGAGGUUAGGGGCCGGACGGGGCGGGCGUCGCCUGAGAUGGGGGAGCUGUUGGUGGGGUUGUAUGAGAUGGAGCGGUUGUGGGGGUCGAUGCAUGAGGCGUACGCGAUGGCGGCGCUGGAGUUUAGUGGGGUCGGGGAUGCGUGGACGGCGGUGAGGUAUGCGAGUCUGGGGCUGGAGUGGGGGAUUCCGAUGCUGGGGGAGGAGGAUGAGGAGGUGGAGGAGUUGAGGAGUCUGGCGGAGGAUCCGUGGGGGCAUUGGAGUUGGAUGAAGAGGGUGGUGGGUGAGGAGGGGGAGGGGGAGGGGAGGGUAUAG